AUGCACUUUUCCUCCUUCGUCUCUGCAGCGGCGCUAUUCGUCUCGGCUCACGCCGGUGGCUUAUGCGCAGACACGACUGUCACGGGAGACGCCAUCACAGGAUUCCGAUUCUCAACUGGCUACUGCCCAGGCGCCUGGCAGUGGUACUCUCGUGACAAAGGCACCACCAUCACACUCAACCCGGAUUGCCAGAUGCGCCAGGCGUGGCCCAACCCGCAGGCCGUCACGGCCGUGUGCAUCCGCAACAAGGCCGGAGAGAACAAGUGCGUCAAGGCCCCGACGGAGGCCGACCAAAACUUCUGUGGAAUCCCGACCGAUUGGUGCAACAAUAUUGAGAACAUGUGGGGGUGGUAA